UGAAAUUGUGUGUGUUUGUAUAACGCCUUCCGUCUAUAAGGCAAAGAUCAGUUCCACUUCAUUGAUCUAAUCUAAUUCAAUACUUCACACAUUCAUUAGUUUUGACUGACAAACCUCAGGAAGAGCCUGACAGACAAACCCGGGGACGUCAUUUACCAGUCGUUCAGGUCAGAGAAACAUAAGCAGAAUGCUGGCACCGCAGGCCGAGCGGGUCAUGGCACUGGGAGAAUGGGAGCAGCGCUGGCAGGAGAACAGGACUGGCUUCCAUCAGCCGACUGUACACAAGAUGCUGGAGAAGAAUAUUGAUAAAGUCCUGGCUGGACGGACGGGCGUUCGCAUCUUCUUCCCUCUCUGUGGGAAAGCAGUCGAUAUGAAGUGGCUGGCAGACAUGGGCCAUUCUGUGGUCGGGGUGGAGAUUUCUGAAAACGGGAUAAAACAGUUCUUUGAGGAGAGCAACCUGACCUACAGUGAGGAGCCUGUUCCUGCCAUACCGGGAGCCAAGGUUUACAAGAGCUCGGAGAAAAAUAUCUCUCUGUAUCAGUGUGACCUGUACAAGUUCUCCAGCUCCAUCGAAGGUCAGUUCGGUGCCAUUUGGGACAGAGGAUCUCUGGUGGCCAUCAACCCAGGAGACAGAGAAAAGUAUUCCUCUCUCAUACGUUCUCUCAUGGCCAAAGACUGCAGAUACCUCUUGGACACUUUAUUGUACAAUCCAGAGUUCUAUGACGGUCCUCCAUUUUUUGUGCCUGAUGAGCAAGUGCACAGCCUGUUUGGGAACAGCUGUGAUAUCGAGCUGGUGGAUUCAGUGGACACCUUCGAAGAGAGACAUCGAAGCUGGGGACUGGACUAUUUGACUGAAAAUAUCUUCCUCAUCACUCCAAAAGAGUAGAUCUCGGAUAAUGUUUAUAAAUAUCAGACCUUGUGAUGAUCAGGCUUAAUUAAAAUGAAUUUAAAAA